AACGUAUUACCAAUCAGUUUCCAAUCCAACGCCAUGAUUGCCUCACGUACACUCUCCGUUCUCUGCAUUUGCAUUGCCUUAGGUCUGGUGCUGGCCUCGCCGCAGGGUCGUCUGCUUGGCUCCGAGGAUGCCCAGACCUCAGAGUUUCCCUGGGUGGCAUCGUUGCGUCUGAACAAGGCGCAUGUCUGUUCGGCCAACAUUAUUUCCGCGACGCAACUGCUCACAGCUGCUCACUGUGUCUCCAAUGUGGGCACCACACCAGUUUCUGUGGAUCAGCUGACGGUCCGUGUUGGUAGCAUUAAUCAAUUUGCCGGUGGCAGUUUGGUGGACGUCAAACAGGUUGUCAUCCAUCCAUCGUAUGGCAACUUUCUGCAUGACUUGGCCAUUUUGACACUCAGUGAGGCAUUGACCUUCGGCGACAAGAUCAACAAAAUCGCCUUGCCCGCCCCCGGUAACGAUACCGACCCGGAAGUUGAAGAGGUGCCAGCGAAUGGCACACCCGUCUAUGUGACCGGUUGGGGUGAACAACUCGAUGGCACCUCCAACUACAAGCUGCAGAAAUCCAAUCUGAAUACGCUGAGCAAACCAUACUGUGAACUCUCCGCUGGCUAUGGCUACGAUUCGGUCCUGUGCCUUUCGCAUGCCGAGAACGAGGGCGUCUGUCGUGGCGAUGAUGGUGGCUCCGUGGUCGAUGAUGAUGGUGUCUUGGUUGGCGUUGUUAGCUUCUUCUUUGGCAACUGCGGCACCAAAUAUCCCGACAUCAGCACUCGCAUCUCGUACUAUUUGUCAUGGAUCGAGGCCAACGAGCAGUAGGAUCUCCUGUUAACGGAGUUUCCCACAAUCAACCACAUGUAUAAUUUUUUUUGUAUAUUUUUUUCAAGUGCAUAAAGUUUGUGUUUCUUGCUGACGGGAAUA